GCUGUGCGGUCGCCCUUGUGUCAAGUCGCGCGGAGGAGGGAGCCCUGGCCACACAGAUAUGGCGUUCGAGUUCCCGACAGAAGAGCAGAAGGCGCUUGUGCGCCAGCAGCUGGGGACGAGCGAGGCAGAUAUCCGGCAGGCAGUGGCCGCCAUUCGCAACUGGCUGCAGACACAACCGCACCUGCCCGACGUCAUAGAUGAUGAACGGCUGGAACGAUUAUACAUAAGCUGUAAGUGCAGGACGGAGAUGGUCAAACAGAUACUCGAUGCCAGCUACACACUGAAGAAGAGGUUCCCCGAACUACUGAUGAACAGAGAUCCACUAGGGGAAGACAUUAUUACAGCUCUGAAGUGCACGAAAGUACCUACGAUGCCUCGCCUCACACCACAGUUUCAUCGAGUUGGAGUCCUCGCCGGUACCGACCCAGACCCUACUAAUCUAAACCCUGUGCAUGUGGUGAAGGCUAGUCUCAUGAUAAUGAAUUUCGUUCUGUCAUAUGACUACUCCGUUGGAUACAUCUUCCUGAUCGACCUACAGAACGUAUCAACUGGACACUUGAGCAAGUUGACGGUUCGCGACCUUCGGGCACUUGAACUGAUUUCCAGGACAGCUUAUGCCAAGAGAAUCAGAGCCAUACAUUUUCUAAACGCACCGAAGAUAAUGAACAUGGUAAUGUCCAUAGUGAAACCUGCUCUGCCCGAAAAACUACAGAAGAGGAUAGUGAUCCAUGAACCAGGUUCACAGACGUUGUUCGAGUAUUUACCAAAAAACGUGGUUCCUGACGAGAUGGGUGGCACUGCUGGCCCAGUAGCUCGUAUAAUGGAUGGUAUCUACGAGGAGCUGGUUAAGCGAAGAGCGUGGUUUCUGGAAGAGGACAAAUAUGUCGCGGACGAGAGCAAGAGGCCUAAGGACAGCGGUUACACCUACGACCUGUUCGGUGUGGAUGGAUCCUUCAAAAAGCUACAAGUAGACUGAAAACUAGCAUGGGCAGAAAACGAAAGACAAGUGUGGUGAUCAUGUUGUAUGGUGCAUUCAACCAUGGUGAGGCUUCCUGGUGCUCACCACACGCGUUUGAUCGUUAUGAUAACGUGACUGAAUGCAAAGUUUUGCUCUGAAAUAAUCGAAAAUAAAGAUACCCAACCACAA